UCAGGCAGCAAUUCCCUAUGUGAUAUAUACGUAUAGAAUUUAAUUAAAAUAAUUAAAUAGAAUACAAUGUAUAGGAGUAUGUGAUAUAAUUCUAUAUAUUCUAUAUAUGUAAUUGAAUAUACUAUCGUAGCCAGAUAUAUAUGUUUGUUAAUACUUUUGUAUAUACUCAACCUCGAUUUUAAUAUUGUAGUUUUUCAUUUCCGAUCUUUAAUCAAAUCUUUGUAUAUACUCUACCUCGAUUUUAAUACUAUAAUGUUUCUUUUUUUAUCUUUAAUCUAUUGAUUUAAUAAUUUUAGUACAAUUUGUAUUCAUACGCAUACGGAGAGUAAUCACAUUAGGCAUGCCCGAACUCCUCAACAUGCAUUGGGAUGCCUUUCUGGACCAGGUUCAACCUGGUCGCGUUUGGAGCGUCGAUGAUGACGACGGUGCUGAUGAUGGUGAGGAUCGUCAUGAUGUCAGCGGUGAUGAUGAUGAUGAUAGGGAUGACGUCAUCACUGCUGACGUUAGCGGUGAUAACGAGGAGGUUGAUGAUGAUGAUGAUGAUGAUGACAUGAUGACGACGGUGCUGAUGAUGGUGAGGAUCGUCAUGAUGUCAGCGGUGAUGAUGAUGAUGAUGAUGAUGAUGAUGAUAAGGAUGACGUCAUCACUGCUGGCGUUAGCGGUGAUGACGAGGAGGUUGAUGAUGAUGAUGAUGAUGACAUUUUCACUGCUGACGUGCGCGGUGAUGAUGAUGAGGAGGAUGACGUCAGCAGUCUUUGAUUGUGAGGAUGAUGAUGUGGGGAGGCUGGAGAACGUGGUUGGUUGGUAUCAUUCCCAUCCUGGAUACGGAUGCUGGUUAUCUGGCAUUGAUGUGUCGACGCAAAUGCUGAAUCAAGAAUAUCAGGAGCCGUUCCUGGCGAUCGUGAUUGAUCCUACGAGGACGGUCUCGGCUGGGAAAGUGGAGAUCGGUGCUUUCCGAACGUACCCCAAGGGGUAUAAACCGCCGGAUGAGCCAGCGUCGGAGUACCAGACAAUCCCUCUGAACAAGAUAGAGGACUUCGGCGUCCAUUGCAAAUCGGUUAUAAAAGACGUGUUAUUCAACUACAAACCCUGCGCGUGUGCGCCGGGGCCCUUUGUCGCAUCAGGUCCAGCACCUAUGACUGAGUGAGCGAGGGAGUGAGUAGUGAGGACUGGGCGACGAGGCCGACAGCUUGCCAGAGGAGUGGCAGGUGUUAGGUUACGGGGCUCACAGGCUGGCAGGCACGCAGAAAAAGGGGGCGGGGGGGGGAGAGAAGCAUGAAAUCAUCCCCUGGUUGUGAAUCUUUUCCGGUGCUGUUGCAGGUAGAGGCGCUAUGUAAGGACGCGGUCAGGGGUGUGUGUCAAACGGGGCAUGAUGUGUAUACGCGCGUGCACGCUUUUUUGUCAGAGGGAUAAAGGCAGUAGGCAGAAGCAACUGGUCGUAGAAGGAUGAUGCUAGCUUCCCCGAAUUUCUACCUUUACCUUGGUGUAUCUGUAACACUCUUCCGCCUUUUCCCUGUGGCGGGCCAGGUGGUGGUCCUAUAUGAGGAUAUGCAGGACUGCGGUUGACUGUGAGAUCUUUCAAGACGACAAGCAAGCACUUUACAUCGUCUUUAGGCUUUGGUUGGCCGUCUUCUCAUGGGUGCAAUAUGGU